AUGGCCCCGCUCUUUACAAAUCAAGGUGGAUGGGAUUCGAGAAAUCGGGUCCCAUAUGUACCGUGGUUACCAUGCGCGCAGGUAUCCGCAUUUGAAAUGACCAAAUGUAUACCGUCGGAGUUUGAGGUCCAACGACAUUGCGGAACAAUGAAAUAUCGUGAAAAAGGGAGACCUCGCGCGGUAUCCAACCGAGCAUCAAGACUCUUUCAAAUGCCUGUGAGGCAACAUGAUAAUCCGACAGCUCUUGAAAAACCUCAAGCAUCACUCGAAGUCAGCGCUAAAAUGGAUCACCCAGACAAUCAAACUGAAGGAUCCGUCAAGAAACAAAACAAGCAGGUUUCAGACUGGCUCCCUGACCACAACACCCCGUACUGCGAAUCUGUGUCGGAUUUUCUGUUCAGGUAUCGCAAAAAUACAAUUGAAGCCGCUCUGGGCAUACCGGCCUUGGCCCUACUUCCAAAGGCUACUUGUUGCUCAGACACCGAAGAUGAUGGGAACGGUGGCUAUGUUUCAAUCGAUUUAGGCUGGCGUAGUUCGAAGUACAAAGAAUUCUUACACAUGAUUGAUGAAGUGUCUCGCCAGCAUGGAAGAAAUAGAGGGUCGGGUAGAAUGGUUGCACGUCGGUUGGAUUCUAAGAGGACAUUUUCUGGAAGAAUUAAUAGAAAAGCUCGGGCUUGUGAUGGAUUACCAGAAUCUUGCUAUAGUGAAAGGCAUCUAUCUCAACUGAGUAUGACAGGAAAGUAUCUCUGGGACAAAACCAACCGAAUUCCUACUCAUCUCCUUGAUCAUUAUCUCUUGGAAUUGCAGAAUUUGCUCAAGAAACGAGCUUAUAUUUGA